CAUGUUUCCCCGCUGUCGAGUCCUCGCCAGCAGACGAUCCUCGCUGCCCCUACGCAGCCAAAUAAUCACUGAACGUCCGCGGCCGCGCGUGCCGGUGUAUAACGCAAGUACACGAUGGACCUCUGGAGGGGUACCCCAGAAGCUGGGGUCAGACCGCGUCCACUUCCCCGGCGCCGUGAAUAGCAAGUUCACCACGACGUUGAGCUUCGACCAACCAGAGUCCCGUCCCGCCAUGCCCACUUACCGCAUCCUCGACCAGGACGGCGAGGUCGUAGAUAAGGAGCGCGGGCCGCCCUCGGUCCCGGAUGAAGAGGUGCUGAAAUGGUACACCAAUAUGCUGACAGUCAGCAUCAUGGACCUCAUCAUGUUCGAAGCCCAGCGCCAGGGCCGCCUCUCCUUCUACAUGGUGUCCGCGGGCGAAGAAGGCAUCGCCGUGGGCAGUGCCGCAGCUCUCCACCCUGACGACGUCAUCUUCGCCCAAUACCGUGAAGCGGGCGUCUUCGCCCAGCGUGGCUUCACCCUCGACGACUUCAUGGCGCAGCUGUUUGCAAACCGGCACGACCCAGGCUUGGGACGCAACAUGCCGGUGCACUACGGCAGCGCCGCCCUGCACAUCCACACAAUCAGCUCACCACUAGCAACCCAAAUCCCACACGCAGCAGGUGCAGCCUACGCCCUCAAGCAGCAAGACCUGCACCGCCCAUCCGCCGACGCAGCAGGCGGAGCCGGUGAAUCCGCCGCCCGCCGCGUCGUGGCCUGCUACUUCGGCGAGGGUGCAGCCAGCGAAGGCGACUUCCACGCGGCGCUCAACAUAGCCGCGACGCGCGGGUGCCCCGUCGUCUUCGUAUGCCGUAACAACGGGUUCGCGAUCAGCACGCCAACACUAGAGCAGUACCGGGGGGACGGGAUCGCAAGCCGCGGGCUAGGCUACGGGAUCGAGACAGUGCGAGUAGACGGAAACGACGUAUUCGCAGUACACGAAGCCACGCUGGCCGCGCGAGCCAAGGCGCUGGAGAACGGCGGGCGCCCCAUCCUGCUCGAGGCCAUGAGCUACCGUGUCAGCCACCACAGCACGUCGGACGACAGCUUCGCGUACCGGGCGCGCGUCGAAGUCGAGGACUGGAAGCGGCGCGACAACCCCAUCACGCGGCUGCGCAAGUGGCUUGAGGCGCGCGGGCUCUGGGACGAGGAGCGCGAGACCGACGCCCGCGCCCGCAUCCGCAAGGACGUCUUGGCGGCGUUUGCGCGCGCCGAAAAGGAAAAACGCCCUCCGGUUAGGAAUCUCUGGGAGGGCGUGUAUGCCGAGGUGACGGAGGAGGCGGAGGCGCAGAUCGCUGAGAUGAAGCGCCUGUUGGAGAAGUAUGAGGCGGAGUAUGAUCUUAGUGAGUAUGAGGGCGGGAUUGCCGGGUUGGAUAGGAAGAAGGAGUGAGUUAGUGAGUGAGUUUGUGUGAGUGCGGAUGCAUGUGGAGGCGUUUGUUGGGGUGGGGAGUUGGGGCGGAGUUUCGUUUUGUAUAUAGCGGCAAUGGGAUUGGGUAUACACAAAAAGGGAUUCUGAGCGUGUGUGCAUGGUGACCCAUGCGAACUCGCUUUGCUGAACAUGACAUAUCUGAGGAUUUAGCUC